UAUCUGCACACCUCCAAGAGCGUAGUUGUUCGGAUUCAGACACCAUGAGCCUAUUACGAUAUUUUCUCAGAUUCAGCCCCAAGCGCUUCGUGAUGCAGGCCAAUACGAACGAGGGCUUUGUUCAGGCAUCUGUUCUCGGAGUGGUGUGAAAACCAUCUUUACCUAUGCAUGUUCUAUUGUUUCAUACUCCGUCAAGACUCUAGUGUGCGUGUUGAGAACUACCAGGAUGGUUCUGGAAGUCUUGCUGAUGCCAUGCAUAAUGGUAGAACAACUAUCGAUUCUGCAAGUGCGACUAACACCUCCGCUCGUGCACAAGUCUACGCAGACCCCUCGAUGCUUCUUGGGCUGCAUGUCUCGAGCUUCUUGUUUGCCGUAGCUCUGGCAGGAAGGUGAGAUGGAUCGAACAUCACGACAUGCAGAGCUUCUCGCGGAGACAACACCAAGUGGUCACGACAUGCAGGAUGCAUUGCCGACCCAAGAUACCGUAGGCUGCUUGCAGAAUCGCAUCGUUAACCUAAGAGGGGUGGUAAUUUCAGCAUUGUUGUUGUGCUUUCCCUCUGCCGCACAGAAAUACCUGGAACAAAAAUUCGACACACCGAUCGGAAUCCGUGACGAUUGCUGCAACCCAAUGUUCAGAAUGUAUGACUUUUUCCAUGCUGAGACGCAUUUCACACACGACUGUAGAGUCCGCAAAGCUUUUCACCAACAUGGCCAAUUAUCCAUUAGAUGCAGUCUACGCUCGUAUCGACCAACAGCAGCAGAAUUUUACGAGGUGUCUUGGCAUCGCUGGCCCGGUGCAAGCAGAUUGGGACACAUGGAACACACUAAGAGAACAAUCUUUCCCCAAGCCGUUCCUAGGCGCCGAGCUGCAAUGCUGAUCGCGCUGUUUACGGUUCGGACAUCGGCUGUGGUUCGGAAUGCGCAUGCUCUAAGCGAGUUUCUUGCCGUGAACGAGAUGGGUGCUCUCAUGCACGAGCAAAGCCGACAGGCGUCAAUAGACUCGUGCAUGCGCAAGAACACUAGUUCUUUCACCUCCUGCUCUUUUUCAACUGCCCUCAACAAUAUUUUUGAAUUAGGGACGCGUACUCCCUGCUUUGCAACGCCUGGCGGAAUUUGCAGGGUUCUUGAGUAUCCCUGCUGGCGCCCUGUGCCGAUCUCCCUACCCUAAGAUCUGGUACAAUUCUUCCGCAUUUCACCCGUUCGCUGGACCCCGGUCCUCGAUUUACCAGCACAGAAUCCACCUCCUCGAUCUGGUAAAAUAACCGCGGACAAAUCCCCCGCAGUCUCGACUCUAGCGAUGAAGAGUUGCAGCACCUCUGCAUUAGCGAUGUUUGGGCCCUCAUCAACAACAUCGCGAUGUAGCCCAUGUGUCGCGU